GUUCUGGCUUCUGAAAAUUUCCACAGAGAUUUUGAUUUCGCUUUUCAACAUGGUAUCAGAGCUCGGAGUUCGAUAGAUCGCAGUGUGGCAAUUCUUCCGCCGUCCCACCCACUCUAUUUGUAUCCAUCAGAUUCUACUGGUAUUGUUAUUGUAGCCAGUACUUUCAAUGGAUUAGGAUAUGAAAGCUGGUGUCGAGGUAUGCUCAUAGGCCUUUCCUGUAAGAAUAAGCUAGGUUUAAUCAAUAGGAUGGUUGCUAAGCCCGGUGCAGAUUCACCUUUGUAUGAGGCUUGGUAUCGGUGCAACGACAUGGUUACAACUUGUAUUCUAAAUAGACUAGAUUUAGAAAUCAGAGAAAGCGUGAUGUAUACUGAAUCUGCCCAAAAACUAUGGAAGGAGAUCGAACAACGUUAUGGAAAGCCAAAUGGAAGUAAAGUGUUUCUAAUACGCAAGAAAAUAUCUUCAACUUCUCAGGGUUUAUCCAACAUAGCCUCCUAUUUUAGUAGGUUCAAAAAGCUUUGGGAUGAAUUGACUAUCUCCAUCACCUACCCUCCUUGUAUUUGCGGGUGUAAGGAAGGUUUUCAGAAACUAGAGGAGGAUCCGAAAGUUCACCAAUUUUUAAUGGGGCUGAAUGAGUCAUAUUCUAAUGUUAGAAGGAGCAUUUUGAUGAUGAAGCCUCUCCCCAAUAUUGACAGUGUCUAUGAAAUGCUUAUUGAAGAUGAAAGUUAG